AAACCUCUUCUUCGUCGUCGUCUUGGUCACUUGAGCAGGAAACAGACGGUCCAAAGGAGGCUCUCAAAUCCGUCGCCGUCAGCAAGUGGAAUCAAUUCUCCAUACCCUGUUCGAACUCGCGCAUCGCACGGGAUACAAUCCUAAAAGUCUCUGCAGCGCUUCACACGUCCUCCGCAAUGCAUCCGGGAACUCAUCACCGCCGCUUCCUCAACGACUUGUCGUCAUCCCUCUUCUCAUUCGUCCUUCCCCUCUUGCCGACCAAUGAAGAGCUCACAGUCAAGGAGGAAGUCCGGGGACUGAUCGAGAAGCUCAUAAAAACCAUUGAGCCUUCUGCAAGACUGUUGAGUUUUGGCAGCAGCUGCAAUUCGUUUGGACUGAGGAAUUCAGACAUGGACCUCGUUGUCCUUAUCGAUGACCCAGAUGCCGGACUGGAGUCGUCCCACCUGGUGGCCAUGAUGGGCGACCUGCUCGAAAGAGAGACAAAUUUUGACGUCAAACCCCUGCCCAAAGCCCGUAUUCCCAUCCUCAAGCUUACUCUUGCUCCAUCUCCCGCUCUCCCCUUCGGCAUCGCUUGUGAUAUUGGUAUUGAAAACCGAUUGGCAAUUGAGAAUACUCGGCUGCUGUUGACUUAUGCUACCAUCGACCCCGCCCGUGUCAGAACGCUUGUUUUGUUUUUGAAAGUUUGGGCUAAGCGACGGCGGAUAAAUUCGCCUUACCGUGGCACUUUGUCUUCCUAUGGCUUCACACUCAUGGUUCUCUACUACCUUGUACACGUCAAACAACCGCCCGUCCUCCCCAAUCUCCAACGAAUCGCUCCGGUCCGCCCACUAACCGAAGAGCAAGUCAUGCUGCAAGGGCGGAAUGUCUACUUUUUUGAUGACGUCGAGACAUUACGCCAAGAGUGGUCUUCCAUCAACUUCGAGACCGUCGGUGAACUAUUCUUCUCGCACGACUUCCAAUUCAACAAUUCAGUCUUAUCCAUACGUGCAGGACCCUUAACGAAAGAAAGCAAGGGAUGGGUCAACGAUAUCGAUGUCGGUGGUCUGAACGAAAUGGCAAGAGAUAGAAAUAGACUGUGCAUAGAAGAUCCAUUUGAAAUCACAUACAACGUUGCUAGAACCGUCACGAAGGACGGCUUAUAUACUAUACGAGGGGAAUUCAUGCGGGCGACCAGGAUUCUUACCCAGCGGCCCGAUCGGGCCGUACUUGCACUUGCCGAGCUGUGUCAAGAACGCGAAGAAGAUGUCCAUCGCGGGGGACGCUCAUCAUCACCUGCAGCGAGGUCACUGUCCAACAAUCGUGGGGGAGGAGCCUUCACUGCGCCGAUGCAGAACGGACCUUGGCGUAGUCAGUCUUUGGCGCCCUAUGACCGGAUGGCACCCACAGGCCUCACGGACCCAUUUGGCUCUGGACCUAGAAGAGGCCGUCAGAGCGAGGGCGAUGUGGACUCGUACACUGCUCAGGAGCAAUGGCUUGCCAGUCAAGGCCCCAAUCUUGGAGGCAUGUCUACCCUUGGGUUUGGAUUGGAUCACACCGACUCUCGUGGGAGGGAUAACGUACAGCGAGGCGGGCACGAGACACCUGGUUACAGGGGACAAAGAAGGGCAGUCUCCGCGUACGAGCCCAAUGACGGUGCUGGCUCUGGGUCCAUCUCAGCUCCGCUCAGCCCUCAUCGCUUAUACGCUCAACUGGAAAUGGGUAAAGGCCCUUUGCCUGGGCAGCCGAAUUGGUCCACCUCUGUAGGUUACGACCCAAGAUCACACAGUAGUACAGGUCUGCCUGUCAAUCCUGCGAUCGGUUCUGGGUCAUCCCGCUCGGCUCCGAACCGUUCAGGAUCAUCAGCCGCUCCUGGUUCGGCUGGCUUGCCUGCGCCUGUCGGCUCCGAACUAGGAACAUCCCCUCCUCCAGCAUUCGCACCUUGGUCGCCGGACAAUCGCAAGAGUCUCCUUCAACCGCUUAACGGAGAGCCAGCAUCGUACAUCUCACCGAGUACGCUACUAUCUCCACCACAGGAGACGAAAGCUUUACCGCCAAGCGGUGACGAUCCCACCGCAAAGAAUGGCGGCGAAUUGGUAGAUGCUCUAGCAAACAAUUUCGAGAAGAUGGGAGUGUCGCCGCCGGGUCGAGGGUCUGAGAACCCAGCGGGUAAGCGCUUCGAAGAAGCUGGACAAGGAGGCAAAGCCUGAGACAACAGUUCGCCUAUGGCUGAACUUGGACCAGCAGUGACGUAGGCAGCGAGUUACGACAUUCAUAACAAUCACCUUGCAAUACAAAUCACUUGCAUAUAUGAUCCACA